UUUAAUAAAAAGUAUUUUGCUAUGCUUUUCAGGGAUGAUCCUAAAGAAAUGCCAGCAUUAGUGGGAGCUAACUCAGCAAAGACUGACUGUAUUAUUACUAUCAAGGGAGACAAUUUGUUUGCAGCUGUAAGUGCCUACAUUGAUGAUAAACUUAAAUCUAAAGAAGUCAGUGCGAGCAAUAAAACUAAGUUGAAAGAAUUAUCAGAGAGACUUCAAUCAUGUGCCAAGAAGAAUAAGCAAACAUUAGAAUUGAAAUCUAAGCGAAUAAAGGAACGAGAGAAGAAAGUUGUGUGUAAAAGUUUUCACAAAUGUGGCAUUGUCGUGCCAGUGGACGAAAAUGAAGUUGGUUAUCGAGAAGUACCGGAAACACCUGCCGAUCUGAAAAGAAUGUUUAAAAAGAUUGCGGAUAGUAAAACCGAUGCAGAGCGGGACAAAAACUUUGAGCCACUACAGGAGAUAAUAACACUUAUUCAAUUCGCUAAUGAUGAGUGUGACUAUGGUGAAGGUCUCGAACUUGGGAUUGAUUUAUUCUGUUACGGCGGGGAAACUUUCCAUACCACAAUUCGGCAGUUGCUGUCACUAGCGUACGAUCUGUUAAAUAGAGAAGAGUAUGGACGAAUUAUUGAAGCUCAUUUAAAACAUCGGAAACGGGGAGAUGAUUUGAGCCAGUUAUGAUUUGUUGUGAUUUUUCAAACAGUCUGAUUUAGUCUGGCUGCAGAAUUUGAAAUUAAAUAUUCUUUAUCGCCUGCCUUUGAAGCAACUGUUGGUUAUGUUCGGCAUAGAAAAAGUAGUUCAGUAGAGUAGUUGUAUUGUUAACUUGUAGAAGGUUCUAAGGAUAAAUAUAUAACUAUGUUUUGAC